AUGUCUUCGAUAGCAACUUCUACCCCCACACACCAUGAUUCGCCACACGCAACGAAAAAGAUCCCCUCUACAAAGUCACCCGAUGCAACAGCACAUCUCUUGUCUGGGGCUUCGGCUGGGCUAAUUUCAGCAAUUACACUUCAACCAUUUGAUUUAUUGAAAACAAGGUUGCAGCAACAACAAUACACCAACAAACAUGAGGUAAGAACGUCACUCAUUAAGGAAUUGAAAAAAUUGUCAAAAGUGAAGGAUCUAUGGCGUGGGACCUUGCCAUCAGCUCUACGCACCUCAAUUGGAGCAGGUCUUUACUUUACCAUUUUGUCCAAAAUGAGAUCUACAUGGGCCAUGUACCGAACAGAGCAUAGUCGCAAUGGAGAGGUUGACAUGAAAUCAGAAUCUUCCAUUUUACCAAAAUUGACUCCAAUGGAAAAUUUAACCACUGGGUUUGUUGCGAGAGCAAUUGUUGGCUACAUAACAAUGCCUAUAACAGUUUUGAAAACCCGAUUUGAGAGCAACUUGUACAACUAUAACUCAAUGUAUGAGGGAAUCCUGGGGGUGUAUUUAGACAAGAGCGGUUUGCAGCCAGACAGACAAUCAACAAUUAAAAGUCAAGGUUCAGUCAAAAACUUCUUUCGGGGUUCGACUGUAACAUUGAUAAGAGAUUGUCCAUAUGCUGGAUUAUACGUCUUGACUUACGAACUGUUUAAAAAUGAUUUGUUGCCAACAUUGAUUCCACGACACCUCGGGGGUGCUCACCAUUCUGGGUUGAUAAACUCCACCGCUGCAGUUUUGGCAGCAACUACUUGCACAACUAUAACAGCUCCAUUUGAUGCCAUCAAGACAAGACUACAGUUAACCAAUGGAGGAUCUAUACGGAAAACGGUUUUGACACUCUUGCGUGAAGAUGGUGGGGUAAAAAACUUGUUUAGAGGACUAAGUUUAAGGUUGGGCAGAAAAGGUGUCAGUUCAGGGAUCAGUUGGUUUAUUUAUGAAGAGUUGAUUAAAAGCAACUUUGUAAGGAGGCAUUUUGCAUAG